AUGGCAGACGAGGAGGUUCAGGCCCUCGUUGUGGACAACGGAUCCGGUAAUGUGAAGGCUGGAGUUGCGGGUGACGAUGCUCCACGCGCAGUGUUCCCAUCCAUUGUUGGCCGUCCUAAGAACCCUGGAAUCAUGGUAGGGAUGGAAGAAAAGGAUUGCUAUGUGGGUGAUGAAGCCCAGAGUAAGAGGGGUAUCCUUACUCUUAAGUACCCCAUCGAGCACGGCAUCGUCACCAAUUGGGAUGAUAUGGAGAAGAUAUGGCAUCAUACAUUCUACAACGAGCUGCGUGUUGCUCCUGAGGAGCACCCAGUUCUUCUGACUGAGGCACCUCUGAAUCCCAAGGCUAACCGAGAACGUAUGACUCAGAUCAUGUUCGAAACAUUCAACGUUCCAGCGAUGUAUGUCGCCAUCCAGGCCGUUCUUUCCCUUUAUUCAUCUGGUCGUACUACGGGUAUUGUGUUGGAUUCUGGUGAUGGAGUUUCCCACACUGUUCCCAUCUACGAGGGUUAUGCCCUUCCUCACGCGAUGAUGCGCUUGGAUCUUGCCGGCCGUGACCUGACGGAGUAUAUGAUGACCAUCCUUCACGAGCGCGGAUAUGGCUUCACUACCACUGCUGAAAAGGAAAUUGUUCGUGAUAUCAAGGAAAAGCUCUGCUACAUUGCCUUGGACUUUGAUGAGGAGAUGAAGAAUGCCGAGGAUUCUAGUGAUAUCGAGAAGUCCUACGAGCUACCCGACGGCAAUAUCAUAACCGUUGGUAACGAGCGCUUCCGUUGCCCAGAGGCUCUUUUCCAGCCUUCCUUCCUGGGCAAGGAAGCUUCGGGUGUUCAUCGUACCACCUUCGAAUCCAUCAUGAAGUGUGACGUCGAUAUCAGGAAGGACCUCUACGGUAACGUUGUACUUUCUGGUGGCACAACCAUGUACGAGGGCAUUGGUGAGCGUCUCACCAAGGAGCUGACCUCGUUGGCUCCAUCAACGAUGAAGAUCAAGGUUGUUGCGCCCCCCGAACGCAAGUACUCCGUCUGGAUUGGCGGUUCCAUUCUUUCGUCUUUAUCGACCUUCCAACAGAUGUGGAUCACCAAGGAGGAGUAUGAUGAAUCGGGACCAAGCAUUGUGCACCGCAAGUGCUUCUAA